GGAACUUAAAUGAGACAAAUAUUCUCUGUUCAACAGUUGUCUUGCUGCUCUGGCUGAAUGUUCUCACCAGGAGUGUCUCCUCCAGACUUCAGACUGCAGACGUGAGCACCUCUCUAUCUGCAGGACCGACAGAAGAGCGCCCUCAUGUGGUGAAACGAUCAACACAGAAUUGCGGCAGCACGUUUGACAGCUUCUGCAUGAACCAUGGCCAGUGCAUGCUGCUGGAGGACGUGAACGAACACCACUGCCAGUGUGAGAAAGGCUUCUACGGCCCAAGGUGUAGCAACAUGGAGUUUGUGGUUCAGAAAUUAGGGGAGGAUCAGAUAGUUGUCAGCAUUUUCUGUGUGACUCUGCUGAUUAUAGGUCUGGCUGGGGUACUGUACUUCUUCUGCAAAUGGUAUAAGAAAAACAAAUGUGGACGUCAACAGAAGCGGCAAGGUUACAAAGGAGUCCAGAUAGCUUAGAGUCACACACACACACACACACACACACACACACACACACACACACACACACACA